CUUAGGUUCAGAGGCAGACUGAACCGACCGGUCAUGCAUCAUCCUGACUUCCAACCAAAUAAAAUUCUCCUGUCUGAAGCAAAGAAAUAGUCGGGUUGAUCGAUUGGCAGCACAGCUCCAUUCUUCCACUGGGCCUUGCAUCCCAGAUGCCGCGGUACUUCCAGAACUACGGUGACCCCGAAUCAGAAAGCCUUGAAAAACCCAAGCUUGAACUUCCUUCAGACUAUGACUCUCUAUCUCAUUCCAAGCAGAUAGCCGUACGCGAGACUAUCAGAAAAAGGGUGAUCCAUUACCUUUACGCUAUCCUAACGUCGCGGUUGAAUCCAGAGCACUAUAAUGCGAUAUUCAACCAAUCUGCUGUAGUGCGCCAGCGGCUUUUCGAGUUCGCGGUCAUUGAAGAUAUUAUCCAUCUUGGUGCAGAACAGGAAGAAGCCGAUACUGCUAUGGAGCAAUUGCGAGAGGCUGUGGGUGUAGGUGUAGACGGUUGGGUGUCGAACAAUGAUUUUGAAGCUUCCAAGGGAAAGGUGCAGGAAGUGAAAGCCAAGCUGCUGGAAAUGUGUGAUGAUCCUCUCGAGAGGACCAAAUUACAAGAUCAUUUCCCAUUUGAUGGCUUUGACGAGGAGGCCUGA